CCUCACGUUCCAACUUCAAUCAGACAUCUACUUCCCCGUUGGUACAUCUUACGAUUCCUCAUAUCUCGUUUAAUAUUGCUUAUUUGGUCUCUCAGCAUCGGCUGUCGGCUAUUGCGCCAAUAGCGGAAAUAAUCAUGUCGCUAUCACCCCGCGAAGCAACAUCACCAACGCCACUAGGUCGAUCAGCUCCGAGAUCCCGGAGCGGUUGUUGGACAUGCCGAAGCAAAAAGGUCAAAUGCGAUGAAAUACGGCCUGUUUGCCGACGAUGCAUACGCCUCAAGCUCAGCUGCGAUUAUGCACCCCGGCUCCGCACCUUUCCUAAAGGGUCCCCAGCUGGAACGUUUGUCCACUCAAGCCUCGACUUCUCUCGCGUUGAGCCGAAACCUCGUGGAGAUGUACCAGACAAGUCUUCUUGUGGCAAUCCUCGGCCUGAAAGUGAGGGGACGUCCUCCUCAAUAUCCCCCUCGUUGAGCAUGCCUUUCCAAUGGGGCACUUACGGGAUGGAACUCGGCAGUGAAGAGAUUGAAGCGAUACAGUACUUCCGAGAGUCAUUUUCGCCGCUAUACAUCAUGAAGAAGCCACAAUACUCUGCAUUUGCGAUCAUGUUACGCCUUGCUACACAUGACCCUCUUGUAUUACACAUGAUCCUUGCGAUUGGAGGCUGCGGUAUUGAUUACAGGCACCAGUGGCGUGAUAGACGGUAUCGUGUAUCAACAGGACGUUCAGAAGAUGGCCCCUCAAAAUACCGAACACUUGGACUCAAGCACUAUUCCGAGGCAUUGCGAGAACUACAUACCAUCUUGGGCGACAAGGAAACAGCCGAGUCAGCCAAUCUUGAUUCACUGACGAGUGGGUUGGUCCUCAUGAUUAUGUAUGAACAACUCCAUGGCGACAAUAGAUGCAAGGGAUUAGCAAGCCAUCUGAAUGGGGCAGCACUUAUCUUCAAGCAUCACUACGCCGAUAUCUUGCAGCGGGUCAGGGAUACAAGCCAGUCAGUGCCAUUGAUGAAGACAGCUCGGUCAGGAAGUCCUCGACACCUAUCCCAAUUUUGCGCUCGGUUGAUAACAAGAAUCUGCGGGAUGGACGCCACCGCAGCGUCUUUUGGCCUUGGCGGGCAAGUCACCAAAGUGCUUUGCAGAAGCUUACCGGAAAGUGAUGACAAGAACAGUUUGCCGACUGGUCCAAUCAAGAGACUGUCCAGUCUCCACGCGUACUCUGGGCCGCUCUACCGUUUGGUUUGGGGUGAUGACUACCCCGCAGUAGAGCUAGUGGAUGAUCUAGAGAACCAGCAAGUAUUUGAACUGCUGGGGGCUAGUGUUCAGCUGCGGUAUCUCAUAUCAGAGAUGACGAGUCUUCAAGCCGUUGGCGGUUCAGCUCUAGUUAAAGCAGCCGAGAAAGUUGAGAUUGCCAUCCACAACACGAGUGAGACGCACCAGAACAUCCUUGACUUCGCGUCACGGCUGACUUCAGCCACUGAUAACUCUCACUCCAUGGUAGCGACUAUACGUUGGAUAGUGCCUAUAUACUACACCGAGGUGCUCGACUUUCUUCGCAUUGCCCGGAACAUACACCCUCCGCUCGAGUUAGAACUUAACAACAGCAAAACAAUCCGUAAUAUCAUGAAUCUAGCUUUCCAAGCUUACCAACACGGAGGAGACGUGGCCAUGGUUCGGAUUGCCCGUCCACUAUUCAUGGUGGCAUUAGAGACUGAUGAGGAGCUCCAUGUUUCAUGGAUUCUUGAGAGAUUCAAAGGUUUAGCCCAGUUUGGAGAGCAUUUUGCGCGCGCAGGUGACUUCCUGGAGAGGGUUUCAAAAAUGAAGCCAGAGUCCAGAACAAGCAUCGAUUUACGGACAGCGUUCUCGAAUCAGGCCACUUCAAUAUGCUUGUGCCUAAUGUAAGGGUUAUUAAGGAGUAAAUCUAAGCUUCGAUAUUCUCAAUUACAGAGACGCUUGCGAGAUUCGAUCUCCUUCACCAUGCGUCUGUAUACAUUGUUCCCGAGGUAAAUCGCUCUUAUCGCUCAAUCGGGAAUUGGCCUAUCUGUGAAAG